AUGGUGACUCGCUCGCCUCCUUCUCCAACUCUGCCCAAGAAUUUUAGGGUUAGGGUUUCCUGGACCCCUGUCCUAUGGAUCCUUCUCCUCUUCCUCUCCACCCUCUUCCCUUCCUCCGAGGCCUCCGUCUCCGCCGCCGAUGUCUCCUACUCCAAGCACUGCGGCUCCAUCGUUCCUGAAGCCACCCCGGAAAACAUCCCCGUGGACUCCGACAGCACCCUCCAGCUCUCCAACGGCUUCUUCACCGGCGGGGGCAGGUUGUUCGGCGACGACCCCCUCCAUACCCCCAGAUCCUUCUUCUUCCAUGCCGAAUCGCUCCGCCGGACCCGAGCCUCCGGCAUCCUCCAGGUCGGCGGAACCCUUAUUAUCCGCGGCGGCGGGUUCGACAUCAUCCGCCGGAAUCUCACCGAGAGGCGGUUCCCGUUCUACCGAGUCAGGCCGCGGUUCCCCAGGACGUUCAUACGGAGGGGGAGAAUCAGCAUCGAUCUCCAUGGCUUCUGGUCUGAGGACUUGGGAAAGCUCUGCAUGGUGGGAACUGGCUAUGGGCGCUUUAGAGAAGGUAAAUUUCUCUACAUCACUGCCGUUUUUAAGCUCAAUUAUCCGAAGAGCUCGCACAUUUCUUCUAGUUUGGUUAGCGGGACUUUGGAGAGCUUGGAUGCUGAAGGUAGUUCGAGUCACUUCGAUCCCAUUUCGGUUAUAGGCUAUGCUCAGAAUAAAUAUGAGUUCACGCAGAUCUCCCAGGCUCAGAAAUCGUGUUCCAGAGUGAAUGAUCAGGAGGAGUCGCUAGGGUUUGAUUCUGGUUCCAUUUGUCCUAAUCUCCAGAAUUAUUUGAGAGGGCGACUCGAGUUGGAGAAUGGGGGGCAAUGCUCUGAUGGACAUUGUGUUCCUUUCGCGAAAGGGCUAGGGUCUUCCCUAAAGUUCAUGUCUUUGAAUCAGAUCCAGUGUUUGGAUGAUGGAAAAUUACACAUGUAUGUAAGCUUCUCCAACGUCGGUAGCUUUGCACACAAUAGCCUUUUGGUACCUGAGAAGACGUUGGUUGGUGAAGGGGUUUGGGAUCGAACGAGGAACCGGCUCUGCCUUGUUGCUUGCCGAAUAGUGAGUUCUAGCAAUUCUUUGGUGAAUGUUUCUGUUGAUGAUUGCACAAUUAGGAUGAGCUUUUGGUUCCCUGCAGCAAGGUCAAUUGAGAACCGGAACACCAUUGUUGGGCGUAUGUGGAGUGAUCAGAAUGAGAAUGAUGCUGGUUAUUUUGACACGGUAUUUUUCCGCAGCUCUGAAAACAGUUGGGAUACUCUUCCUGGAUUGAAAUAUAACUACACUAGGAUAGAUGUGGCGAGUAAGUCCUGUAUAAAGGGAAGUCCGUGGAAUUUAAGUAAAAAGAGAUACCCUAUUGCGAAGUAUUUCAAAGAUUUUAGAUUUGAUAUUUAUGUGAGAAAUGCUGGGGGAAAAUACACAUGGGGUGUUGCAACACCAGUAUCAAUUGGUGAUACAUUUAAUGAUGGCUCACCCAUGAUGGCUGCAGCAGACUCAAAGCCUGUGCCUGCAGUAAAUGUGACAAAUCACGGUCUUCAGAAUGUGAGCUACAAGAUAAACUUUGUCUUUCCGAAUUCAUCUUCAAAUAUGAGCAAGCCAACAGGGAUCUCAGCAGAGGGAGUAUAUGAUUCUUAUACGGGGUUGCUCUGCAUGAUGGGUUGUAGGUAUAUGGGCUCCUUGGUUGCUAGAAAACAACAGAAAAUUGGCAGCUCAGUGGACUGUGGUAUUCUCAUCAGAAUCCAGCUUGCACCCUUGAAUCCAAAGGAAGGUGAGCAUCUUACUGGCACGAUUAGGAGCACAAGAGAAAAGUCGGACCCACUUUUCUUUGAGCCUUUGGAGAUUACGUCAGUAGGAAUGUAUAGGAAUCAGGCAAUUGAGUCAAUCUGGAGGAUGGAUAUAGAAAUUACUAUGGUUCUGAUUUCUCUCACGCUUUCAUGUAUUUUCAUUGGGUUGCAGCUCUUAUACAUGAAGAAGAACCCAGAAGUGCUUCCUGCAAUAUCCAUCACCAUGCUUGUCAUUCUUACUUUGGGUCACAUGAUACCGUUAGUGCUGAACUUUGAGGCUUUGUUCAUGAGCCAUAAUAGGCAGAAUGUUUUAUUGUGGAGUAAUGGUUGGCUUGAGGUGAAUGAGGUUAUAGUAAGAGUCAUAAUGAUGGUAGCUUUCCUAUUGCAGUUCCGUUUUCUUCAAGUUGCAUGGACUGGGAGAUCAGCAGAUGAGGGCAAAAGGGAACUGUGGGUUGCUGAGAGGAAAACUCUCCAGAUCUGUUUGGCUUUAUAUUUGGCUGGGGGAUUGACUGCUUGGUUUGUUCACCUGAACAGUAAUCACACUCUACACCGAAGGCCACUUUUGACAACUGCAAACCAUCAUUCAUUCUGGGAAAAUCUAAUUUCUUAUGCUGGCCUGAUUCUUGAUGGCUUUUUGCUCCCUCAGGUUAUCUUCAACAUAUUUUCGAACUCAAAGGAUAGGGCUCUUGCCCCUUCCUUUUAUGUUGGAACCACUGCUGUUCGGGCAUUGCCGCAUGUGUAUGAUGCCUAUAGGGCUAGUAAUUAUGUGCCCCAUCUCGACUCAUCCUUUAUAUAUGCUAGUCCACAUGAGGACUUCUAUUCCUUGGCUUGGGAUAUCAUCAUUCCUUGCACAGGAAUGCUAUUUUCGGUGCUCAUAUGUUUGCAGCAGCGGUUUGGUGGUACUUUCUUUCUUCCCCUGAAAAACAGAAGAUCUGGUGGAUAUGACACAGUUCCUGUAGUUACCUCUUAA